UGAGGGGGGAGGGUGUCUCCGUGGAACCCGGGAUACAGAAAUCUAAGGUGUCAGUGGGGAGUGAGAACCUAUUAUUGGGGACGCGGCAUCCGUGUGGUACGGGGUCAAGGGAGUAGCUAGGAUGGGGGCGGGGAGGGUUGGGGAAGGGAAUGAGAGAGGGGUAAGGGGUCUCAGGGAAAAAUCCAGAGCCCCGGAGACAAGUGGAAAGGACGGUCGCCGCAGCACCGGAGCUGCCUGUCGCUCGCCCCCGCCUUCCCUUUUGCGCAGAAUCCUCCCCUUGGCUGCAGCAGCGCGCUGCCCCCACUGGCCCGGCGCGCCGUGAUCGAUCGCAGGCUGCGUCAGAAUGCUCCCCGCGUAUAAAUAGGGGUGACAGGACCUCGGCGAGCCGCACACAGCCAUCCACCUUCCCCUCUCCCUCUCUCCCCCGUUCUUCUCUCUCUGUAGGCCCCCAUCUCCGCCGCGAGCCGGAGGGGCUCCGACCGCCACCAUGAGUUCCUUCAGCUACGAGCCGUACUACUCGACCUCCUACAAGCGGCGCUACGUGGAGACGCCCCGGGUUCACAUCUCCAGCGUGCGCAGCGGCUACAGCACGGCGCGCUCCGCUUACUCCAGCUACUCCGCGCCGGUCUCCUCCUCGCUGUCCGUGCGCCGAAGCUACUCCUCCAGCUCCGGCUCCUUGAUGCCCAGUCUCGAGAACCUCGACCUGAGCCAGGUAGCCGCCAUCAGCAACGACCUCAAGUCGAUCCGCACCCAGGAGAAGGCGCAGCUGCAGGACCUCAACGACCGCUUCGCCAGCUUCAUCGAGCGCGUGCACGAGCUAGAGCAGCAGAACAAGGUGCUGGAAGCCGAGCUGCUGGUGCUGCGCCAGAAGCAUUCCGAGCCCUCCCGCUUCCGGGCGCUGUACGAGCAGGAGAUCCGCGACCUGCGCCUGGCGGCGGAAGACGCCACCAACGAGAAGCAGGCGCUCCAGGGCGAGCGCGAAGGGCUGGAGGAGACUUUGCGCAACCUGCAGGCGCGCUAUGAAGAGGAGGUGCUGAGCCGCGAGGACGCCGAGGGCCGGCUGAUGGAAGCGCGCAAAGGAGCCGACGAGGCCGCUCUAGCCCGCGCCGAGCUCGAAAAACGCAUCGACAGCCUGAUGGACGAAAUCGCCUUUCUGAAGAAAGUGCACGAAGAGGAGAUCGCCGAGCUGCAGGCGCAGAUCCAGUACGCUCAGAUCUCCGUGGAGAUGGACGUGUCCUCCAAGCCCGACCUCUCCGCCGCGCUCAAGGACAUCCGUGCUCAGUACGAGAAGCUGGCUGCCAAGAACAUGCAGAACGCCGAAGAGUGGUUCAAGAGCCGCUUCACCGUGCUGACCGAGAGCGCCGCCAAGAACACCGACGCGGUGCGCGCCGCCAAGGACGAAGUGUCCGAGAGCCGCCGCCUGCUCAAGGCCAAGACGCUGGAGAUCGAAGCAUGCCGGGGCAUGAACGAAGCGCUGGAGAAGCAGCUGCAGGAGCUGGAGGAUAAGCAGAACGCCGAUAUUAGUGCUAUGCAGGACACAAUCAACAAAUUAGAAAAUGAAUUGAGAACCACAAAGAGUGAAAUGGCACGAUACCUUAAAGAAUACCAAGACCUCCUCAAUGUGAAGAUGGCUUUGGACAUUGAGAUUGCAGCUUACAGGAAACUCUUGGAAGGUGAGGAGACCCGACUCAGUUUCACCAGCGUCGGAAGCAUAACAAGUGGCUACUCCCAGAGCUCUCAGGUCUUUGGCCGAUCUGCCUAUGGUGGGUUACAGACCAGCUCCUACUUGAUGUCUGCCCGCUCCUUCCCGUCUUACUACACCAGCCACGUCCAGGAGGAGCAGAUUGAGGUGGAGGAGACCAUUGAGGCUGCAAAGGCCGAGGAAGCCAAGGACGAACCCCCCUCUGAAGGAGAAGCUGAGGAGGAGGAGAAGGAGAAGGAAGAGGCUGCUGAAGAGGAAGGAGCUGAAGAGGAAGAAGCUGCCAAGGAAGAAUCUGAGGAGGCGAAGGAGGAAGAGGAAGGAGGUGAAGGUGAAGAAGGAGAAGAAACCAAAGAAGCUGAAGAGGAGGAGGAGAAAAAAGACGAAGGUGCUGGGGAGGAGCAAGCAACUAAAAAGAAAGAUUGAGCCCCUCUGUCCUUAAUCCUUCCAGGAAGAAUUCUCCCGAAAUCAGGUCAACCCCAUCACCAACCAACCAGUUGAGUUCCAGAUACUAUAUGAAUUAAGAAGUUCAAUAUAUGUAUAAUUCAGAGAUGACUUAGGUUGGACAUUCAAUGUUGUGCUAUGACUUUUCUCCUUAUGCAGAGUAUCUGUUUGCUUGCAGAGUGGCUUCCUGGCUUGCUGCCAGCUUGUGCAUGGUCCACGCUUACGAGUUCAGGAUCUAUGGCAAUGUGAAUAAUUCAGAUGUUUACAAUUAAAGAAAAAACACACAUGAAUAAAUGAAUUCACUGAUGUUAAUGUUAAACUUCAUGGUAAAAAUAGUCCUUUGAACCUUUGGUGGUUAGAAAUUAAAGACCUCGAAUCAUGUGCAAUACAUAGUAAAUAAAGUUACACUGAAUGACAUUUCUUGCUGUGGUUGUUGACUUAAUUAAAAUAUCUUAAAGCACCAGUAUAAGCCAAGGGGACUAUCAACCUCCAAAUUUUUUUUAAGUCCCCAGUUUUAACAAUUACAAUGGAUAUUUUUUCCCCCUGAUUGGUAAUUCUGAGGGAUACAGUUAGGUCAUGACCAUUCAUGACAUCUCUCCCCUCAAAAAUUUUGCUGAUAAUAAACUUGAGUAAAUGGGAGUCUCUGGGAUUCUUCUUUUAUAAUUAGCAAUAUACUCUGUCCCAUAAAAGGCACUAUAUAAUGUUGGGAAUGGCUUUCUUGGGAGGCAAUGGUGUAAUAUGAUAAAUACACCUUUUGUGGUAAAUAGGUGAUUUAAAUAAUUAAUGCAGUGUGUUUAGAAUAUGAAUCCCGCCCAUCCAUUACUAUAACUACAUUAUUUUAAUAUAGUCCAAAUAUCAUGGGCAGAAGUGGGAACCCAAGCAAUUGAUAUAAUUAGAAGGAAAUCUUUUUUUCCAUGUAUAAUUUUGGGGGUAAGAAUAUCAAAGAUCAUUUGCCAUUGCAAACAUGUUGCCUGCAAUCCUGAGCUCAUGAUUCAGUGUGUUAAUAGCUUGAUUCCGUUGCCUCAAGUACACAACAUUUAAUGCCACCCACUUUAAACUUUUUUAAAAACUACAGAUAACAGAUAAUAAAAUUGUUAUCAGUCAGUAAAGGGAGGAGAUUAUACCUGUAUGUUGCAUUGCAUUGCUCUGCAUGCCUUUACUGGGAAAUAUUUGGAUUUCAGUGAUAGCUCUAACUGGUUGGACAUUGCAUCAAACACACACCCCAUUCAUCCUCCCUGUUCACUGUAAAGUCAUGAAAGCUCUUGCACUUGAUGUGGAAUGUAGAUGAAAUUACUGAUUAUCCGCUGUUCUGCCUUUGUUCUUACACAAUUGCUUUGUCAGCUGAUUUUGUUCCAUAUUUGUUUUUUAAAUAACUUUCAAAAGCAGCGAAUUUAACCUGAGAGCAAAGUGGUCUACAUUUAAAUUUAUUUGAUUCUUCACACUACCUAUUUCUAGUUAAAUAUAUGUCACCACACAAAUAGGUAAAAUAGUUCAUCACGAUGCUAUGGAUUUGAACUAUGAAGAUUCUCAGUAUAUUGGUUUCUGUAAAGACGAGGAGUUGCCUAAGAAACCAAGCUUUUCACAUUUAUGUUCAUUAAAUAUGGGAUGCUACACAUGAUAAGUCUAAGACAGAUGCAAAUUACAUGUUAAAAAAAAGUAACUUUAGCCAAAUGGAAACGGUUGGUUUCAGAAUUACUUGAAGUAACAACACUGUACCAUAUUCUAUCCUGUGUGCCAUAAUAAAAUACUAAAAAAAACUAAA